GCCACUCAAAUCCAGGAACUGAAACAUGAAGUGGAACAUCUACAGCUAGAAAAUGAAUACCAACUUCGAUUAAAAGCCAUGAACCAUUCUUUGAAGAUGAAGGAGAACACAGAUAAACACAAACAAGAAAUUGAAGAUCUGAAAGCGAAGAUUGGGCACCUCACAGAGGAGGAGACAUCUUACAAACAAAAGUUGUUACGAGAGUACGAAAGGUACGAAGAACUCCAGAAACAGAGCCAACUUAUGCAAGAUUCGUAUGAGCAACAGAUUCAGGAAAUGGAAACAACACAUCAGAAGGCUGUACAGGAAUUGGUAGAUUACUAUGAACACAGUCUCACUGAAAGAGAAACAAAACUUGAACAGGCUAAAGAUGAAGCUCAACUGAAACAACGAGAAGAAGAGGAGCUUAGGAAAUUGAUUGAAGAAGAGGCGGAUGAUGAAAUUGUUCAGCUUCGAACCAACUAUGAAAGGCAGCUGAGGCAAGAGAAAGAAACCAACAUGCAAUUACUUGGAGAUAAUUCUAUAUUAAAGAAAAAGUUUACAUCCCAGCAAAGAGAUGUUGAAGAACACAAGAAUGAAAUCCAACGACAACAUGCAGAACAACAGAAACUUCAGGGAAUCAUAAAAAAUCUAGAUAAAGAUAUUCACAGUUUGAAGCGUGAGGUUCAGGAGAGAGAUGAAACAAUUCAGGACAAGGAAAAACGAAUUUAUGACUUGAAGAAAAAGAACCAAGAACUAGAGAAGUUCAAAUUUGUUCUUGAUUUUAAAAUCCAGGAACUGAGACGACAGGUGGAGCCACGUGAAGAAGAGAUAUGCAACAUGAGGAUACAAAUCCAGGAUAUGGAAAACGAGCUGGCAAAGUUUCACCGAACCAACACGCACUUAGAGCUCAAUAUAUCAGAACUUCAGCAGAAGUUGAAGGUUACUGAAAAGGAUCUGAAAAAUGAAAAACUGAAGGUUCAUAACCUAGACCUAUCACUGGAUCGCUUCCGAACAGAACUUCAUGCCUGUGCUGGACUCUUGCAGGACCCCAAGAAACUUAAAGAAAGUGUUAAAACUCUAUACCAGAAGCAUGUUCAAGAUGUUCAGACUGACAGAAGUGCUGAAGACUUUGACCUUCAUGCCGAGUUCAGUCGACAGAGGGAUCACUUGGAGAGAUCCCUGGCUUCUCUAAGAAGAAAACUGUUGAAAGAUACAAGUAUUCACAGAACAGAAUACACGAAGGUGAUGCAG